AAAAAGCUAGCGCAUCAUGUCUGUGUUGCAAACAUCAGCGGUACAUGAUUAUAUCUAAAUGCACCAUAAUUCAUCUCAAUUCGGCGGGGUCAUGCCUGAGCCCGUAGCAGAAACAUGCAUUCAGUAUGUUUUUGGCUAUAAUUUUCUUUGCUGUUACAAUACAGAUACAGGCAUGAAAAAUGAUCCGCUAGAAGCCUUUUUUGCUGCUAUCCGGCAAUGCGCUCGUCGAGACUUGGAAUUCGAUCUACAACGAUAAAGGAGGGGCCCGAGGUUCCUACCCGGGUCUAGCGCCGCCUGAGGCCUCCGCUAUAAUAUGCAGCGCAACUUAUAAAUAUGGCAUUUUUGUGCCCACUGGGCACUGUGAAACUGGGUUGAAGAGUCGUGCGCAAACUCGCAAAAACCAUGUGCCCAGCCGGUCACAGGCACGGAAGCGAAAUUAUUUUGUGCAUGGGCAGCAAAGGAGGUUCUCGCUGUGCUGCCUCUUACGUGGCACACCUUCCCAAGAAAUAACACGAAGCGCUGCACCUGCAGCAGUCUUCUCAUACAUAAAAGUUGUUGAAGAUCCUCGAGAUAAGCCUUUAAUGUUGACACGGCUCCACGAAGCCUAAGCCUUCGAAGCCUGUCUCUACUUUGUUUUCCAGCUUUAUUGCCAGCCUAUCGAAGUGGAAUAGGAAGUGCUGCAAAAUGAGCUGUGUGGUAAUGGAAGUCUAAGUAUGCAUCUACUUCUUGUCAUCUUGCGCUGACUGACACGAGUGCCAACUCAGAUUUCGCACGGUUUUUACAGUCGAUCGAUGAAAGGACAUUGUAACAACCGGCAAGACACAGACGCAAAGCGCGGGGAGAGUGCAAAGCGGGUAGAUGUUAUCAAAUGAAAUAGUGCUAACUUUGACGGUUUAUUUCACAGAUUGCAAUGAUCAUGCAUGACAAUACUUUCCCCGUAGCACGCAAGCCGUGUUGUCCCGUAGCACGCAAGCCGUGCAAUACAAAUUCGGACACCUCUUUUUCUGAUGCAUUACUGCAUGCCGAAUUCCGUUAACGUUGGACGUUUUUUCUUGUGAUAUUUGUCUUGGUGGACACCUUGGCCAAACUUAGCGCGGACGAUAUCAACUGCAAAAGUAAGUGCGCGCCAGAGGAGAUGGAGGAAGUGCAGCUGUUUAUUACCAAACCUGAUUGCAAUUUUUGUUGAAAAUUGAUAUAUUCAUAUUCUUAAACUAACACUCGACGAAAAAAGAUGUUGAGUGGUGUUUUCAACUCGAUAGGGGGUUUUUACAUCGCAGACAACGCUAGCGCUUUUCACACAGGGCGGGGCACUUUUCACCCUGACAGACAGCGACAAGCUGCUAACCGAGUACAUGUCCAGCGCCAAACAAAACAUGGAAAAGUGGGCACUGGAAGCCACGGACAGCGCACGGAAGAAGAGCGGAGAUGCGACGGUGGAGGUCCGGGUUAUCGAAGGUGAUUCCUUGUUGACGACGCGCUACUUCACGGAGCUAUAUGGGGAAACUUUCGUCGUUUUAAACAUGGCAAAUGCCUUUUCCGUGGGGGGUGGUGUGAAGUUCGGCGCUGCGGCGCAGGAAGAAAAUCUGUUUCGACGUUCCAGCUGCCUACUGCAGCUUCGACCCGUAGAGGUGAAACGAAACCCCGAUGGGUCGCUGAAAGACCCGAGUAAGUAUACCCGAACGAGCAGCGCCCUGAUCAAUGGCAAGAACGACGUGGUUGAGCUAGACGUAGACAAACCGCGCGUGUGCGUGAAGGGGGCCGAGGACAAGGCGCACCCGGCACUCGGGUACGAGUGGCUGGCCGCCGAGGAGGCGUUUCUGUGGUACGAGAUGCGGGUAUGAGACUGCGCAACUCCCUCUCCCCCUCAUCUGUAUUGAUGCGACGUGGAAAGCAAUGCAAAAGCAAACACCCCCACCUCCUGUGGAGCCUGUGCAUGACAAGUUCUUCAUGCGCCUAGUGUAGUACCGUUUGUGCUUCCGGAGCCGAUGUCAUGCAAACGGUAGCACAAAGCGCAAGCAGCGCUUAGAUUUGGCAUCUUGCAUGAUAAAUGCGGUUCUGACCCUAGAUCUCCUGCGUCCGUAGCUGGUUGCGACGAUGGUGCAGGGGUUUUUGAUGAGGUGCGGUCGGGUAUGCAUGACAAAUGAGGUGGAGGGGGAGUUGUACACACUCAUAGCAGGCGGCGGCGGUGCACUACCCGAAGCCGAACCCUACCAACUGGGACCGCGCCGAGGCCAAAAAACGGAUCAAGGCGCAGUUCGCGACCAUGCGGGCCAAGGGGAAAAAGUUCGCAAUUCUGUCCGCCUUUGGAUGUGGGGCGUUCAACCAGCCAGGUGACAAGGUGGCGCAAGUGUACAAGGAAGUCAUCGAGGAAGAGAAAGCCGGGUUCGCGGGGGGUGCCCUGAUUUUUGCGAUUAUUUCCCCCUACGGGCCGCAGAACCAGCACAUGUUCGCGCAAGUGCUGUCGCCGACUGGACAACCCGAGAAAUUAGAGGAAUUGGCUCCUAUCACUAGUACCAGCUCGACUAGUACCACGUCGUGCAAUUGCUAAUGCGGAAGGUGAUUCAACAGGUGCACAUGGACGUGCGCUGAUACUGAUACUAUGUAUCACAACAGGAACAGAUCUUUAAGAUUGAGUUUAAAUUAUAAAAAGCAAUGUCAAUGAAAAUGAUAUUGUACUUCACGAGCGCGAGGGUCGUACUUUUUUCAUUUAUUAGAUUUAUGAAACUUGUCUUAUGCUCUUACUCAGAACCCUGCUCUGUUUUCACACAGUUUUCUGGUUGUAUGCGCAUCAACUAAGAGUUUCUAACUCAUUCUGUCUAGAAGUACUCUCUAGGCUCCACUAUUCUAUUGACGAUGACGUUUCGUCAGUUUUCUAGGUCGUGAGCGGAGUGGAAAGAUUUAGUUAGCAAAACCAGAUGAUUCAAGCACCGACGAAGAACUGUGACCCCCAGCGGGGGCACAGAAAAUUUUGUAUGAAGACGUACCUGGUAGGCACGCGUCAGCAUCUGCUAGAGGGCGAGGUGCGAGAUGUGCGGCGCAGUCAGCUCGCAGCUGAAGCUGCUGCACAUCUAAAAACCGUGGCAAAAUCGAUCGAGAUGACGCUUGUAGCGAG